AUGGACGCACAACAUGAAGCGUAUGCCGCAACACUCAAUGUGAAUCACUUUAAACCUCAAGAUGUUCCUUGGCGGAGAUUAGGACAGUAUUUCUGGCGUCCAAUUGAAGACGGUUCCAACACGCAAUACCGUCUGGCAGUUAUUGAGAGCUUGAUCCCACCAAAGAGCGACGGUCCGAUUGUCCAUUUCCACGAGAUGCAUGAUGAAGGCUUUUUUGUCACGAAAGGCAAGGUACGCUUCCACGUCCCAGGACGGCCGACUGUUGAUGUUUGUGCUGGUGAGGCUUUGACUGUUCCUGUACGACUACCGCACAAGUUCAGUAAUCCGUUUGAAGAGGAGGCGGUCUUCAUAAACACAGCUACUCCAGGUUUCUUCAUACGCUAUUUUGAGCUGUUGGAGAAUAUGAUUGGUGAGGGCAAAGUUUUGACGCCUGAAAUCAAUGCAGAGGCACUCAAGCGCUUUGCGACAAUUCCCGUACCAGCAGAGGAUGUAAAGCGCCUUGAGUUACAGGGCUGGCAAGAAGUAAACGGGAAUCACCAAAAGGCAUAG